CACCCGUUCGUGGCGGCCCGUUUUAGCUCCAACUUUAAGUAGCUAGGUGUUUUUGAAUUCUCUCCCUCCCACCAACCCCCCAAAAAAUAAAUAAAUAGGAGAAAUGAAGGGAAUAAGGAUAAGUUCGUUUCGUCGAUAUGUGAUAUUAUGUGCGAUGUUCAACUGGGUUUCCUCCACACCACUGAGUAGACAAAAAAGAGAAGAAGAAGAAUACGAAUGCCCUGCACCAGAUGGACUUUUUGCUGAUCCUGCCACCUGUCGGCGAUUUUACACUUGUGCGGGAGGACAUCCGUAUAGUCUAGCGUGUCCGCCAUCACUAUAUUUUGACGAUGUCAAAAAAUUUUGUACUUUUAAGUCGAAGCACCUUACAUGUGGUCCGGUGGAGAUAAUUCCGACAGAACCUCCAACUCCAGAUCCCUUGGAAGCUCCUAAAUGCGACCUCUCUCAGUGUCGGUUACCUGACUGUUUCUGCAGUUCUGACGGGACUCGAAUACCCGGUGACCUGAACCCCGAAGACACGCCGCAGAUGAUACUGAUGACGUUUGACGGAGGUUUAAACUCCCUCAUCUACGAAAAAUACCGACGAGUUCUGAACAUAAGCCGAGAAAAUCCGAAUGGAUGUCCGAUUAAGUCGACAUUUUUUGUGUCUCACGAAUACACCAGCUAUUUCCAUGUCCAGAAGUUUUACUCGGAAGGACACGAGAUAGCAAUGCAUUCUAUAAGCCACCGCGAGCCCGAAGACUGGUGGUCCAAGGCCUCUUACGAAAACUGGACUGAGGAAAUGGUAGGUCAGCGAGAAAUCGCUAUCAAAUUUGCCAAUAUUUCAGAGGACUCCGUGUUAGGGAUAAGAGCUCCUUACCUAAAACCAGGGGGCAAUAGAAUGGCGUCUAUGAUGUACGAGUAUGGGUUUGUGUACGACUCUUCAUUGGCUGUUCCCAUGAGCAACACGCCUGUGUGGCCCUACACACUUGACUUCAAAAUCCCCCACAGGUGUAUGUCAGACAAAUGCCCAACACACUCUUUUCCGGGAUUGUGGGAGAUACCGAUAAAUACCAUGUUCAUGGAAGAUGGUACAGGCGGACAGUGCUUCCUGGCUGAUCAGUGUGUGCUUCCCAACUUUGAAGAAGACGUUUUUGACUUCCUUAUGGAAAACUUCUUACGUCAUUACAGGUCCAAUAGAGCGCCACUGGGACUUUUUUUUCACGUUAACUGGUUCAACGAGAAAGUUAAAAUUAAAGCACUUUAUAAGUUCAUUGACCACAUCCUGGCAACAUAUCCCGAUGCUUGGUUUGUUACCAUGCAACAGGCUUUGCUUUGGAUGAGAAAUCCAGUACCCAACAAUCAGUUAACGACCAGUUACGCCCCCUGGGCAUGUGAGAAGCGCAAACCCGCCUGCAACAUCCCCACUACGUGCGCCUUACCUUUUAACGGUGGGGCAAUCAAUGACAUCCGCUACAUGGAGACCUGCAUGUCAUGCCCCUUCCAGUAUCCAUGGGUAGGAAACUUUGAAGGGUCCUUCAGGGGCAGGCGAAUCAUCGAUUUGACACCCGAAGAGGAGAAAGAUGAAAAUAAGAAACGCAGAAAAAAAUAGGCUUGUAACGAUUAUCGCUAAACCUCAACAUGUUCAUGCCCGCUUCGUGGUUCUCGAUCGGGUUUAAAUGUGUAUUUUUUUCUGUAAUUUUUCAUGUUCAUCAGAUUUUUGUAAUGAUUAAUAUGAUGUUAUUAAUCUUAUGUUGUAAUGUCAACCUGGUGAUACUAACUCGUAAGGCAACAUUUUCCAAUAAGAGAAAUGUACGUAAAUGUUUGUACAUGACAGACGUACUAUGUACGUUCUUUAUGUGGUUAUUUCUAAUGUUGUGAACUUCUAUCGCACGUUGAAUAUAUUCCAUUGUUUUUCGUUAUUAGUAUAGAGUUACGUGGAAAGACCAAAAUGUACCAGAAGUUCAUGAUUUAAUAUGCUGGUAAUUACGUAUUAUCUCUCUCUUUUUAAGCAUGUAAAACGGUACGUCGACCUCUAGUGUCCAGUUUUCCAAAUACUUAUUACUGAACCAGAAAUUAUUUUGUCCUGUAAAGCAUAAUCAACAUUAACCAUUUCUUAAAAACAAACGUAACGUUAACUAGGCUUUAAUUCUACGUUAUUUUUAGUGCCAGGGUUAUUAACGUUACCGCUAGGCCUUAAGUUUACGUUAUCUCUAAGCCUAAUUUUUAGGAACAGCAUCACUUGUAAGUUGUACUGUUUAACUCUCUCACUGGCACAUUUAAAUGAUGAUUUAUAGAUAAACAACUAUUCUAGUGCCAGGUUUAUUAACACUAGGCCAUAAUUCUACGUUAUCUCUAAGCCUCUUGUUUAACUCUUUCACUGGCGCAUUUAUAGAUAAAUCUUCUAGUGCCACUGCCAGGUUUAUUAACGUUAACACGAAGCCAUAAGGCUUGAUUAUACGUUAUAUGUUAGCCUGUUUUACUUUUAGGAACAUUACCACUUGAACUGAUUAACUCUUUCACCACCAUAUUUAUAAAUAAACAACUCUUCUACUUCUAGUGCCAGGUUUAUUAACGUUACCGCUAGGCCUUAAGUUUACGUUAUAUCUAAGCCUAUUUUUAGGAACAGUAUCACUUGUAAGUUGUACUGUUUAACUCUCUCACUGGCACAUUUAAAUGAUGAUUUAUAGAUAAACAACUCUUCUAGUGCCAGGUUUAUUAACACUAGGCCAUAAUUCUACGUUAUCUCUAAGCCUCUUGUUUAACUCUUUCACUGGCGCAUUUAUAGAUAAAUCUUCUAGUGCCACUGCCAGGUUUAUUAACGUUAGCACUAGGCCAUAAGGCUUGAUUAUACGUUAUAUGUUAGCCAGCAUAUUUAUAAAUAAACAACUCUGAAACUAGUAAACUUGGAGCUGUUUGAAAGGGAUUAACCCUUUCUUUAUGGUAGUACAAAAUUCCAAACUCGCCUGUGGUUAAUAUCCAUUUCCCAAGCCUGAAACAAAGGUUGGUAUGAUAUCUCCUACAUAUAUGUCCCUAAUAGUGAAAGAUGUAAACGAUAUUUUUAAAGUAAACUUUUUACACGUACUUAUAUUUCAUUCAUAACUAUUAAUAUCUACAAGUAGCUAUAAAGAAACUGUUGUCCUUAUACUUGGGCCUAUUCUGACUUGUAUUACAUAUAUAAGCAGGGUGUAUUUGAAAAUUUACCGACCAACUCUUCAAAU